AUGGAAUUUUUGAAGCCUCUGCACCCUCACCAUGCACCCAUUUUACGCCUUCCCUUCCACGGCCACCCCUCUUCUUCUCAAUCUCAAUCCCCGCUUCCCGUCCCCAUGCUUCCCAAGGUUCAUGUAGCUGUUGGCAAAUCGCUUGAUAAAGCAACUACCUUGCUUCAAUGGACCUUAAACCACUUUCAGAACGCGGAAAUCGUUGUAGUACAUGUUUAUCAACCUUCUCUCACGAUCCCCACUCUGUUGGGGAAAUUGCCUGCAUCACAGGCUAGUCCUUCUGUGGUGUCUGCUUUUCGAAGGGUGGAGAGAGAGCAGACCAUGAAGCUUUUGGACAAGUACUUAACCGUUUGCCGCUCAGCUAGGGUGAAGGCAAGCAUUAUUGUAACUGAAGCUGACCAAGUCCAAAAUGGAAUUGUUGAUUUGGUUGUUAAGCAUAAUAUUCAGAAGCUUGUCAUUGGAGCAGUGCCAGAAAAUUGCAUGAAAUUGAAAAGGAGUUCCGGUAAAGCAAAUUUCACUGCAAAAAAUGCUCCUCCAUUCUGUGAAAUAUGGUUUAUCUAUAAGAGAAAACACAUUUGGACAAGAGAGGCUUCUGAAACACCAUGCUCUUCAUCGUCGUGUGCUCAGCCUGAGAUUGCCGCUGCAGAAAGCUUGAGAUGUAGAUCUUUCCAGUAUGGUAAGAAUGAAUUAUUUGACUCCGAAUAUCUUCAACCAAAUUCGGCAAGAUCUACUGCUGGUUCUGGAAUUAGAAGUUGGGUUCAUGGGGAAAUCAUUGAAACUGAAGCCACAUUUUCAUCCAAAGCAUCCAGUUGUAGCAGUCGGGGUUCCCCUCAAAAUUCUUCUCGGGCUUAUUUAGAUUCAUAUCUAGAGGCCAUGGAAGAAAAUGUUAACAACCAACUUACUGAAACCAAGAGAGAAGCCGAGGAAGUAAGAGACGAAGCCUUUGCAGAGCUAUUUAAGUGUGAGAGGUUAGAAGUUGAAGCCAUGGAAGCCAUAAGGAAGGUCAGUUUGUUUGAAUCUGCCCAUGUGCGUGAAGUAAAGCUCAGAAAAGAGGCCGAGGAAGCACUGAGAGCCACAGUACAAGAACAACAAAAGCUCUUGAAUGAGAGUGAAGAAAUUGCUAGCGAGCUACAAAUGACCAUGAGAAAUAUUGCGCUGUUGGAUAGUCGCGCCCAGGAAGCAAACCGUAGGCGUGAUGAAGCUGCAGAUGAGCUAUCACUAAUUCAAGAAUCCAUCUCAACCCUGUGGCAAGAACGGCAGCAGAUAAGGAGACAGAAAAUGGAAGCCCUACGUUGGCUUGAGCGGUGGAGAAGUCGAGGACAAGUUGGAGCAACUCAUUGCAAUGGGGUCAUUGGGUUUCCUGAAGAAUUACCCGAGUUAGCAGAGUUUUCAUUAGCAGAUCUUCAAAAUGCCACAUGUAAUUUUUCCAAUAGCUUUAAAAUUGUGCAAGGUGGAUUUGGUUGUAUAUACAAGGGGGAAAUGUUGGGUAGGACUGUCACUAUAAAAAAGUUCCAUCAACAUAACAUGCAAGGACCAUUGGAGUUUCGUCAAGAGGUUCAAGUUCUUGGUAGUCUCCAGCACCCUCAUUUAAUCACUUUGCUUGGUGUUUGCCCUGAAGCCUGGUCAAUUGUAUAUGAAUACCUCCCCAACGGAACACUUCAAGACUAUCUAUUCCGAAAAAGCAACAAUUCCCCUCUGACAUGGAAUACCCGAGCACGAAUGAUUGCUGAAAUCGCUAGUGCACUCUGCUUCCUACAUUCUUUUAAACCCGAAACUAUUAUCCAUGGUGAUCUGAAGCCAGAAACUGUACUACUCGAUUCUUCACUUGGUUGCAAAAUUUGUGGAUUUGGGUUCUGCAGUCUGGUAAAUGAGGAGUCUCUCCUCCGUCCUAGUUUCCGUUUGAGCACAGAACCAAAGGGUGCUUUCACAUAUAUGGAUCCAGAGUUUGAUAGAACUGGAAUACUAACAACAAAAUCUGACAUCUACUCCUUCGGGCUCAUCAUUUUACAACUCCUCACUGGUAGUACACCAGUUGGAUUAGCAGUUCUAGUACGCAAUGCAGCUUCAUGUGGAAAAUUGUCUUCAAUUCUUGAUUCUUCUGCUGGAGAGUGGCCCGCCCCUGUGGCAUCGCGAUUGGUUGAACUUGGUUUGCAAUGCUGUCAACAAAAUCGUAGAGACAGACCAGAUUUAACACCUACACUAGUGAGAGAAUUGGAGCAGAUGCAUGCCUCAGAAGAGCGACCAGUGCCAUCUUUUUUCUUAUGUCCAAUCCUUCAGGAAAUAAUGCAUGAUCCUCAAGUUGCAGCAGACGGAUUUACCUAUGAAGGAGAUGCCAUACGUGAAUGGUUGGAAAAUGGGCAUGACACUUCUCCCAUGACUAAUUUGAAAUUGAAUCACCUUUUCCUUAUUCCCAACCACGCACUUCGACUUGCCAUCCAAGACUGGCUUUGCAAAUCUUGA